AGCCUAUAUGACAGGUCUAUAGGUCAGCUCUGGACCUACACAAGGAUUUAACUAAACAGAAUCAGAUGAACCAACACUAGUCAGUAAUACCAGCACUCUAAACCUAUAGCUGCCGAUUGCUUCUGAUACUUAGACAGUCUAUAGGUCCUGACCAGAGGACUGAAGGACCUCAGUAUUCCUUUUCUGUAGUGUUUGACCUGUAUAAGCCAGUAGGUGUGAGGACCCUGUAUUUACAGCCAGUCUGAUGGAGAACGAUGCCUAUGACAGGAUCGGGGACGAACCCCCCAUCUAUGAGGAGACGUCUUUCUCCGGUGGUACCACCUCUAACGGUAACGGCUAUGGUAACGGAGAGCACCGGGCCGCCCGUCCGUCCGUGGUCAGUGCGUUUGGUCAUGACACGCUGGACCGCGUGCCCAACAUCGACUUCUACCGUAACGCUGGGAGCGUGAGCGGUCACCGUGCGGUCCGACCGUCUCUGCAGGAGCUCCACGAUGUCUUCCAGAAGGUCAGUGUGUGUGUCGGAGUCCUCCUCACCUGCACCCACACCUGUACUCACACCUCUACAACACCUGCAUCCGAUUUAGACCUGUCUCUGUACAUCUGUAUAUCUCGUACAUCUCUUUUCCUUCCCUGCACACACAUCACACAACUGUCUCCACCAAGUCAGCAGCAUUUUAAUUGGAAUCAACUCUCCUUUAAUCUAGACAAUUCAGAAAGAUCAUUGAAAUUCUAAUUCAAUAAAUGGAAACGCAUUCAUUGCCAUUCAUUUUUUAUGUAGAACAUGUUUUGACAUCAACAUUGGCCUGUCUGUCUCUCAAUUCAAUUCAAUUCAAAGGGGCUUUAUUGGAAAGGGAAAAAAUUUUACAUUGCCAAAACAAGUUAAAUAAAUAAUAAACAGAAGUAAGAAGAAACAAAAAACAACAUCAACAAAAAAACAAUAAAAGAUGUCCAGUAAACAUUGCACAGAUAAAGGUUUGAAAAGGAUAAAGACGUUUCAAAUGGUAUAUUAUCAGCUAUGUACAGUGUUUUUAACAAUGUGCAAAUAGUUGUAGUACGAAUAGUAGGGGAAGAUAAGUAAACAGAUCAAUAUUGGUUGUAUUUACAAUGUUGUUUUCAUGGCUUUGUUUUUCUCUGUUGAUCUGUUUAUCUCACUCCCUCUUUCUCUUUCUCUCUCUGACUGUGUGACACAGAUUAAUAUCAUGUCACAACAGUGAUUGGGAAACAGUCAUGUCUGAUCUAAAGAAGGGAAAGUCAGUUCCCACUGGGCACAAACUGGUUGAAUCAAUGUUGUUUCAACUUAAUUUCUCAACGCAUUGUGAUGUGGAAUCUAUGUGGAAAAUACAUUGGAUUUGAAAAAAGUCAUCAACCGCUGUUUUGAGGGUAACAUUUCAACCACAGGAUUAUGUGUCAUCAUGGAAACCAAAUUUCCACAUUGACAAACCUUGUAUAAAAUAUGUUGAAUUUGUACCUUUAAAACAAGGUCAGAUCUUCAACAUUAUAUCCACUAUCAGUAGAAGAAGAAAAAAACUAUAGGCUGGGCAGCACCUCCUACUGGAGAACUGAUUCAUCUACAGCUACCCUUUGGUCUCACAUCCAGGGUUUUACCAAGCCCUGCUUAGCUAUGAUAUUUGUCACUGACUAUUACCAAUGUGAUUACGUGAGAAUGAUUGUUGAGCGAUCUCCACUUAAAAACUAAAUAGAUUUACUGUUGCUAUCGAAGUCAUUCCAACGGGUAGGUUUAACAGAGCAAAUAAUCAUAUGUCAUCAAUGAUGCUAUUUAGGACUACAGUAUAUAGCAUUUGCAAAGUCAUCAAUAGCUAUUGUUUCAAUUCAACCCAGGAUUUAACAAAAAAUAGACAAUAUGGUUUCAAGCUCUGGAUGAUUUCAAAUGUAAUUAUAUUUAGUGAUUCUGAAUUGUGUUUGGUUGUCAACGCAACCAAAUAUCAACAUUUUAAGGAAAUGUAUCUUCUGCUUGGAUAGUUCCAUCUGUGCCACUGAUUUAGUAUGGGUUUAAUUCCAGUUUGUUUUCAAAUUAAUAAUUGUUGGAUAAAUAAAUGUCUCCAUCUCAAUCAAAAAUCUACGUUAAACAAUAGGACUAAAUCAAAUUCAACUUUAUUUAAAGUGCAUUUAAAGUUUCAUUUGACUUUAAAUCAGUGGCACAGAUGGAUGAAUCCAAGCAGAAGAUAAAUCUCCUUCAAAUGUUGAUAUUUGGUUGCGUUGACAACCAAACACAAUUCAGAAUCACUUUUGAAAUACAAUAAAUAGCCUAUUAACUUGACGACAAGUUUACAAAUGAUAUGUUUGAUCCACGUCUCCAACUCAACCAAAAAUAAAAGUUAAAGAAUGGAAUUAAGUCAGUUGCUCAGAUGGAACUAUCCAAGCAGUAAAUACAUCUCCUUUAAAUAUUAAUAUUUGGUAGCCUUGUCAACCAAACACAAUUCAAUAUUACUUUUGUAAUAUAGUAAAUAGCCUAAAGUUAAGGCUUUCUUCCAAACUAAUGGAACAUUCACCCUUAAAAUGAGCAACACAUCCAUGGUCCCAGUUUGAGGUUACUGUAACUAUACAUGUCUUCUUUGAUCAUCAUAUAAACCGUGCAUGUUCAAGAUAGCAUGCAUAGGUCAUUGACUACUCCUGAGUGGCGCAGUGGUCUAAGGCACUGCAUCGCAGUGCUAACUGUGCCACUAGAGAUCCUGGUUUGAAUCCAGGCUCUGUCGCAGCCGGCCGCGACCGGGAGACUCAUGGGCGGCGCACAAUUGGCCCAGCGUCGUCCAGGGUAGGGGAGGGAAUGGCUGGCAGGGAUGUAGCUCAGUUGAUAGAGCAUGGUGUUUGCAACGCCAGGGUUGUGGGUUCGAUUCCCACGGGGGGCCAAUAUAAAAAAAUAUAUAUAUAUAUGUAUUCACUAACUGUAAGUCGCUCUGGAUAAGAGCGUCUGCUAAAUGACUAAAAUGUAAAUGUAAUUGCAGGUCUGUGGAGAUCUUCAGAAUUGCGGUAAUAAUCUGCCCAGAAUCUCGAACGGCAUUGAUCAUUGCACCAUGUACUUUUAAUGUAAAACUCAAGUGCAAUCCAGGUAAUUUGGUUCUGCUAUUAGAUGAAGGACAGUGAUAAGUAACACAUUAAUCUGUUGUAUAAAUAAACAAAAUAUCUGACAUUGUAUUCCCAUUUGAACUUUUGCUGUGCCUUUAAAUGGUUGAAAGCACAGUGAUAUACAUUUGGGUGACAACUAAACCAAAAAUCAGACAUUGUUUUUUCAUUGGAAUAUGGUUGUACAUUUAGAUGGUUGAAAGCAUAGUGAUAACACAUUGGAAAUUCAACUAACUUUUGGCUCUCUUUUUGAGUGGGUGAAUAUAGGUUGUAAUCUCAUUGAUCAACGUCUCAACCAAAUAUUACCCAAUUAUCCACGUUGAAAUGACGUGGUGUGUCAAGUGGGUUGGCCUUGAAUGGGUCAACUCAUUCCAUUUAUAGUCCUCCUGUGUACCGAAAGAGAACAACAUGAACUCUCUGGAGAGAAGAAAAUGUUUUAUAGUCUCAGAUAGGAAGAUAAGACAAUGAGAAAAGAGAGAGGAGAGAGAGAUAAAUUGAGUUUAUAGUCCUUUAAUCAUUCAUCUAACUAGAAACAUUCCUGCCACUUUCAUUAACCGCAGUUCAACCAUAUUUCACACCCUAUAAACCUCCUACCAACACCGGCACUGAACAGUCGUCAAAGACAGAGAUAAGAAUAGAUCUACACAAUGGUUGACAUACUGACAGGCUAAAGUGUUUUAUUGAUUUUUUACACCUUUGGGUGACAGACAGUCUGUUAUACCUGUCUGACAGCCACGCCACGCCCUACACCAGACAGAGAUCGGAGCAUCUCAUUUCAGAGUUUGGUACUCAUACGUCCUUUAAACACUUAAUAUUUGUCUUACAAAAAGUUUAAAUUGGGUCUGUCCUGUUCUCUCUCUCUCUCUCUCUCUCUCUCUCUCUCUCUCUCUCUCUCUCUCUCUCUCUCUCUCUCUCUCUGAGUGCAGUCUUCAAGGACAAGCACACAGCAUAAUAAUGUAUUCAUCUUCAUCAGAAUCAAACUGCACGACUCUCUCUCUCUCUCUCUCUCUCUCUCUCUCUCUCUCUCUCACACUCAUGAACAAGAACAACGCGUCUCUUGUUUGAUUGAUUUAGAAAGAGAACAUUUCAACAGUGUUCUGACCUCAUAGACUUACCUAUCCAACAGGAGGCCCAGAAUUCUAACAUAAAGUUACUGCACUGCCAACUCUCUCUGAUUCCCUAAAGACAAAACUAAUCUAAACUUCCUCUGAAGUUGAAUAAGAUGACCUACGGCCAUUUCAACACAUUCCUUCUUCCUCUACCAGCCUUAUUCUUUCUCUACCUCUCUUCCUCUAGGUAGAUUGGAGUGAUAUUUACCCCUGACAAGUAUUUUCCUCUCCUCUUUCUCUCUCUAGAAAGGAAGGAUCUCGGUGACGAACACGAUGGAGGACGGCGAGGGGAGCGACGGGACGCCGUCGGACGACGUGGAGUCUGUCAUUCCUCUGGACAACAAAGGAGGAGCCGUGAGGUUCGGCUGGAUAAAGGGAGUCCUGGUUAGUAGAGAUCAGUUACAUUGGGCAGGGUUAGGAGGGUCCUGGGGAAUAGAGAUGCAUUGUAUUGGGGCAGGGUUAGGAGGGUCCUGGGGAAUAGAGAUGGGUUAUAAUGGGGCAGGGUUAGGAGGGUCCUGGGGAGUGGAGCUAGGUUAUGGGCAGGGUUAGGAGGGUCCUGGGGAGUAGAGACAGGUUAUAUUGGGGCAGGGUUAGGGGGGUCCUGGGGAGUAGAGAUGGGUUAUAUUGGGGCAGGGUUAGGGGGGUCCUGCAGAGUAGAGACUGGUUAUAUUGGGGCAGGGUUAGGAGGGUCCUGGGGAGUAGAGACUGGUUAUAUUGGGGCAGGGUUAGGAGGGUCCUGGGGAGUACAGAUGGGUUAUAUUGGGGCAGGGUUAGGAGGGUUCUGGGGAGUACAGAUGGGUUAUAUUGGGGCAGGGCUUGGAGGGUCCUGGGGAGUAGAGAUGGAUUAUAUUGGGGCAGGGCUAGGAGGGUCCUGGGGAGUAGAGAUGGAUUAUAUUGGGGCAGGGUUAGGGGGGUCCUGCAGAGUAGAGACUGGUUAUAUUGGGGCAGGGUUAGGAGGGUCCUGGGGAGUAGAGAUGGGUUAUAUUGGGGCAGGGCUAGGAGAGUCCUGGGGAGUAGAGAUGGGUUAUAUUGGGGCAGGGCCUGGAGGGUCCUGGGGAGUAGAGAUGGGUUAUAUUGGGGCAGGGCUAGGAGGGUCCUGGGGAGUACAGAUGGGUUAUAUUGGGGCAGGGUUAGGAGGGUUCUGGGGAGUACAGAUGGGUUAUAUUGGGGCAGGGUUAGGAGGGUUCUGGGGAGUACAGAUGGGUUAUAUUGGGGCAGGGCUAGGAGGGUCCUGGGGAGUACAGAUGGGUUAUAUUGGGGCAGGGUUAGGAGGGUUCUGGGGAGUAGGGCCGGGUUAUAAUGUAUGGUUAUAGGGGUUAUGUUGAGGGUGGAUGGGUCACUGUAAGUGUGAGUGAGGAUUGGUUAUAGAGCUGGUUAAAGGGGGAGUGGGGUUGGGUUAUGGGAUCAUGCUAUGUGUGGUUGGAGUUGUCUGGAUUCAGGUUGUGGGGCUGGCUAAAUGGGAUAUAAAUGGGAUCCUGGUGAGGGCAGUUGGUUAUGGGGACUGGCCUGUCCUAAUGGGAUCCUGGUGAGGGCAGUUGGUUAUGGGGACUGGCCUGUCCUAAUGGGAUCCUGGUGAGGGCAGUUGGUUAUGGGAACUGGCCUGUCCUAAUGGGAUCCUGGUGAGGGCAGUUGGUUAUGGGGACUGGCCUGUCCUAAUGGGAUCCUGGUGAGGGCAGUUGGUUAUGGGGACUGUCCUAAUGGGAUCCUGGUGAGUAGGAAUGGAGUCUUAGAGAGUGUGGCUGGAUAUCGAGCAGGGUGAAUGGGGAGUCCUGGUCUGUGUGGUCAGGUUAUGGGAACCUCUUCUACUGUAUAUCACAACCCAGGAUCAAUUAGUUAACCUGCAUACCUCAGUGAUACCCUGACAGGUCACAUGAUCUGUCUGGAAAGACAGCCUCAGACACAGACACAGCGACAAAGAGAUUCAGAUUGUCAUUGUGUCAUAACCCAGUCUCUAUCUAACCUAACUAUGAUAUGUCUGGAAGCAAAGAGACAAGGACAAAGAGAUUCAGAUAGUGUAUUUUGUGACAACUGGAUUGUAAUCCUGCCCUGUGUGUAAUUCAGACCUAACCCCAGUCUCUACCUAACCUAACCUCCGUUCUCACCUCCUAUCUCUCUCCUCUCCUCUCUCUCUCCUCCUCUCUCUCAACUCUCUCCUCCUGUCUCUCUCCUCUCUCUCUCCUCCUGUCUCUCUCCUCCUCUCUCUCCUCCUGUCUCUCUCCUCCUGUCUCUCUCCUCCUGUCUCUCUCCUCCUGUCUCUCAUCCUGUCUCUCUCCUCCUCUCUCUCCUCCUCUCUCUCUCUCCUCCUCUCUCUCUCCUCCUCUCUCUCUCUCUCCUCUUUCCUCCUCUCUGUCCUCUUGUCUUUCCACCUCUCCAGGUGAGAUGUAUGUUGAACAUCUGGGGUGUGAUGCUGUUCAUCCGUCUGUCCUGGGUGUUUGGACAGGCCGGCUGGGGUAAGUACAACACAGAGUAAUAAAAUAAGUACACCACGUACACUCUAAGAAAAGAAGAGUGCUAUGAAGCACCAUUUGUCCCUGUAGGACAACCCCCUGAAAAUAGGCUCCCUUUUCAGGUCAGAUGGAACCCUUUUGGUUUCCAAAUAGAACCAGGUUCCAAAAAAUGACCUGGGUUCCAAAUAGAACCUAUUAAAGGGUGGCAUUUGGAACCAGAAAUAGCUCUACCUGAUCUUAAAUGGGGAAACAAUUCAGAGGGUUCCCCAAUACUCCCCUACAGCAGUGGUAGUCAAAGGCGGGGUCGCGAUGGGGUAACUGCAGUGGGGUCGCAAAAAUGUAAACAAAAUAAAAGAUACAAAGAUGAAGAGUACAGAUUAUUACUGUAUAUGGGACAAUAUACAAACGUUUUAUUUUUAUUGAGAAAAUGUAUUUAUUGGUUUCUUUUCAUUUUGAUAAGAGAUGAAAAUGCAAUGAAUUGAAGAUUUUAAGGUUGUGUCUUUAGAUGUGGGGUGGGGUCGCAAUAAAUUAUUGGGGGAAAAAUGGGGUCCCCAGAAAUUCUGGUGGAAACAAUUGGGUCCCCGCUGAAAAAGUUUGAAUACCACUGCCCUACAGGGACAUUCUUUGUUGGACUCUUUGUUUCUGAGAGUGUAGACAUGCAAAAAUAUGUACACCAUAAAAAGAGGGCCAGUCAACCAGUCAGCGCUCCCAGUGUCCUUCACUCUGAGGUCAAAGCAAAGGAAGUAGUUUGAAUGUACCAGGUGUGUGUAUGUGUGUGUGUGUGUGUUUGUGUGUUUGUGUGUAUGUGUAUGUGCGUCCAUCUGUGUGUGUGUGCGUGUCUGUUUGUGUGUAUCAGGGUCGAGGCCCUCUUUAUGGAGCAUAACUAAUGUCUUUCAGAUAGCGGGCUGCAGUGCAGAUAGAGACCAUGACAGAUAUCAGAGUAAACAGCCUGCUGGGACUUACAGCCUGCAGGCCUAUAGCACCAUUAGUCCUGAGAAUAGACCAUUUGAGACGCAUCGAAGGCUUCACUGUGUUUCUCAAGGUGUUAGAGGUGACUGGAGGGGACAGGAGGUGUGGUCAGGUGUUAGAAAGAGGAGGUGGUGGAUUAUUUCAGAACCAGCACAGUGUGACUAAAACAUAACACUCUACACUCCAUUACACUCAGGUUCUUAAAGUCCUACUCCAGUUUCCGACUUAGCUCAUUUAUCACCUGAUUUACUUAACAAAAGGCACAUCUCAAUAGGUGGUCCAGGUAUCCUCAUGACAUGGCACAAGUGGGGGUUGGCCUUUCCUCCUCUGUUCUCUAAUGCUCCUGUAUUGUUCCUCCAGCAAGGGAGGAGGCCGAUGGCAUCACAAAUCCCCAUCAGACCAACUCCUUGAAUGCCCUACUCCUUGAAAUUUGCAGUUGUGUCUAAAAAACACUAUUUUGCUCAAAACAUAUAUUUUCACCCUUUAGUAUGUGUACUUUACUGUAUUUAUAUCACUUUUCAACAGUCAAAUUUCCAAAAUUGCUGGAGGACCUUCUUUAAGAAGAAAAUAAAGACAUUUCAGUGUGAAAUUCAAACUUUGCAAAACAUUGUAGGCUAUCACAUGUAGACAGAAUGUAACUGGCCAGAGCAGGAGUGAGUUGGAUGAACUGGUAUUGUGUGUUUUAGGUCUGGGCAUUGUGGUCAUUGCUCUGAGCUGUGUGGUGACCACCGUCACAGGUCUCUCUAUGUCUGCUAUCUGCACCAAUGGAGUGGUACGAGGAGGUGAGUCAACCAACGCAUCAUCAACAUGAGACAAUGUUAGAAAGAACAUGGAGAGCUCUGAGGUUACAGGAGGAUGCACGAUCAUUACUGUAAAAUAUCAUUUGUUCUCAAUGACUUCACUAGGUUACAGGCCACACCCACAGAUGUCAACUUCUAACACAGACAGUGUUUUAUGAAACACUCUGACCUGACAUGAAAUCAUGAAAUCAAUAGAUUACUAAUGUGAUCAUGAAUUAUCUACUGUGACAUCAUUCCUUUUCUAAGGAGGACCAGGCAAUGGUCAAAAUGUUAUUAGCCCCGCUCCCUUCCUGCUCUGUGUGUCUACUGUAUGUACAGGUAUAGGAAUGAACAAUGACUGAUUGAUUGACUGACUGACUGAUUGAUUGAUUGACUGAUUGAUUGACUGAUUAAUUGACUGAUUGAUUGACUGACUGAUUGACUGACUGAUUGACUGACUGAUUGAUUGGUUUCCAGGAGGGGCAUACUACCUGAUAUCCCGUAGUCUGGGACCAGAAUUUGGCGGUUCCAUCGGUCUCAUCUUCGCCUUCGCUAACGCUGUUGCUGUGGCGAUGUACGUGGUGGGCUUCGCAGAGACUGUGGUGGACCUACUCAAGGUAAUUAACAUCUGUGUGUGUGUUUGUGUGUUUGUGUGUGUGUGUGUGUCAGAUCACUGACUGUGGUCCCUCUCUCCCUCUCCCCCCUCUCUCUCUACCUCUCCCUGUGCAUCUCUCUCUCCCCCUCUCUCCUUCCCUCUCCUCUACAGGAGAACGAUGCCAUCAUGAUAGAUGAGCUGAAUGACAUCAGGAUCAUCGGCUGUAUCUCGGUGGUACUGCUACUGGGGAUCUCAGUGGCCGGGAUGGAGUGGGAGGCCAAGGUGAGAUACUACACUACGCUAUGCUACACUACAUUAUACUACAUUAUACUACGCUACACUACAUUAUACUACUCUACGCUACAUUACAUUAUACUACACUAGACUACACUUCACUACAUUACAUUACACUACACUACAUUCUACUACGCUACACUACAUUAUACUACACUACACUACGCUACAUUAUAAUACACUACGUUACGUUACAUUACAAUACACUACACUACAUUACACUACAUUAUAAUACGGUACACUACCCUAACUUAUAAUACACUACGCUACAUUAUAAUACACUACGCUACGCUACAUUAUACUAUGCUACACUACAUUAUACUCCGCUACACUACGCUACAUUAUAAUACACUAUGUUACAUUAUAAUACACUACACUACAUUAUAAUGCACUACGCUACGCUACAUUAUACUAUGCUACACUACAUUAUACUCCGCUACACUACGCUACAUUAUAAUACACUAUGUUACAUUAUAAUACACUACACUACAUUAUACUACGAUACAUUAUACUACGCUACGCUACACUACAUUAUACUAUGCUACAUUAUAAUACACUACUCUACAUUAUAAUACACUACGCUACACUACGCUACACUACAUUCUACUACGCUACACUACAUUCUACUACGCUACAUUAUAAUACACUAUGUUACAUUAUAAUAAACUACACUACGCUACAUUAUACUACGCUACACUACGCUACCUUAUAAUACACUACGCUCCAUUAUAAUACACUACGCUACAUUAUAAUACACUACGCUACACUACAUUAUACUAUGCUACACUACAUUAUACUCCGCUACACUACGCUACAUUAUAAUACACUACACUACACUACACUACAUUAUACUACGCUACAUUAUACUACGCUACACUACAUUAUACUAUGCUACAUUAUAAUACACUACGCUACGCUACACUACAUUAUACUACACUAGACUACACUACAUUAUACUACACUACACUACGCUACAUUAUAAUACACUACGCUACAUUAUAAUACACUACAAUACACUACAUUAUAUAAUACACUACACUACAUUAUACUACGCUACACUACAUUAUACUACGAUAAAUUAUUUAAUACACUACAUUAUACUAAGCUACAUUAUAAUACACUACGCUACACUACAUUAUACUACAUUAUAUAAUACACUACACUACACAUACACACUACAUUAUGCUACUCAACACUACGCUACGCUAUACUACGCCACAUUAUAUAAUACACUACACAUACACACUACAUUAUGCUACUCAACACUACGCUACACUGUACAACUAGAGACAGAUCCACACAUGGUUCAAAUCCCCAUGUUUCCAACAGAAAAUUCAUCAACUGAUAUCAACUUGACAUCUUUCAAUUCCAUGUCUGAUAUUGACUGUAGCUGAGAUGUGUAUGAGUUCAGUCCGUAUCACAGUCAGUUUCUCCUCUUCAGCUCUUGGAGAGGAAUGGUGUGACCUUGUAACUGUCCUCUAGUUUCAUAGGGAAGCUUUGUAACCCAGCCUAACCUGUUGAUGUCCUGUCUCUUCAGGCCCAGGUCGGUUUGCUGAUCAUCCUCCUGAUAGCCAUCGCCAACGUCUUCGUAGGAACCGUCAUCCCAGCCUCCACCGACAAGAAGUCCAAAGGAUUCUUUAACUAUGACGGUGAGGCAACAACAGAGGUUUCCUUCACAUAGAUGGAGGAAUUAAUCAAAUACAUAACCUUUAUAAUGCUCACAUUACAUUUAUAAUCAAGCUAUAUUAGUUUCAUGAGUAGAGCCCUGAGUGUGUCCUGCUCAGGUCACAUGGUCAGGAGGAGCUAAUGUACUUUUCUAUACUCUGUCAAAUGACACACACAGACAGAAUCACCAGUUUGACACAUAGUCACCAUUCUCACUCACAUCUAUUCUCUUCUCUCUCUCCCGCACAGUCAAAGUAUUUAUGGAGAACUUACCGCCGGACUUCCGAAACGAAGAGACGUUCUUCUCUGUGUUCGCCAUCUUCUUCCCUGCUGCCACGGGUAUCCUGGCUGGUGCUAACAUCUCUGGAGACCUGAAGGUCUAUUUCACAAAUGACCCCCUAUUUUCCUCUGUCUGACCACACAGAUCUCAGUUCACUGUUAACAUCCGACUCCAGAGUGAUGUGUUCUUGUAGUCAUGUUUCUGAACUUUGUAUUAUAUGACAUUUCAGAUUUAGAUAUGAUCAUUUUCACAAAGCAGUUUUGAUGUAGUGAACUGCUUUUUCAAAGUAGCUUUAUUUCUCUUUAGGGUAGCUUUAUAAACUACUGUAUAUUUCUCUUUAGGGUAGCUUUAUAAACUACUGUAUAUUUCUCUUUAGGGUAGCUUUACUGUAGCUCAACUUCUUCCUGUGUGAAGUAAUUGGUAGCUUGGUAAACUAAAUUAUAUUUUCAGAGUAGCAUUCCCAACACUGGAGAGGAAAGAGAGCGUGAAGGGGAGCGAGAGAGAGGUGGAUGGCGAAAGAGAGAGAGAGAGAGAGAGAGAGAGAGAGAGAGAGAGGUGGAUGGCGAAAGAGAGAGAGAGAGAGAGAGAGAGAGAGAGAGAGAGAGAGAGAGAGAGAGAGAGAGAGACUUUUGUUUACUAUCUUCUUCACUUGCUUUGGCAAUGUUAACACACGUUUCCCAUGCCAAUAAAGCCCUUAAAUUGAAUUGAAUUGAAAUUGAGAGAAAGAGAGAGAGAGAGAGAGGUGGAUUGCGAAAAAGAGAGAAAUAAAUAAAUACUUUACUACUCCUUAUUGUCUGUGAACAGACACCUUCACUUUAAACAGCAAAGAAUAAUGAUCCCAUAGACCCAAACCACGUUAUAUCCGUACAGCUGUUUCCUCCAGCUAUCACUUCUGCUGUUGUUAAUGAUGGUGUUAUCUCUGGUUCUUCUGCAGGAUCCCCAGGCUGCUCUCCCUAAAGGAACCCUGCUGGCCAUCCUCAUCACUGGAGUCACAUACCUGGGAGUCGCCCUCUGUGUCUGUAAGGACUGCACUCACACACACACACACACACACACACACACACACACACACACACACACAAACACACACGACCCUCCCUAAGUGUUGUGUCUGUUCUGUUUUCUAAUUGGUCAGCUGCAACGGUGGUGCGUGAUGCAACAGGAAACAUCAACAACACCAUUGCCGCAGGGAUGGACAUGCUAUGUAACGGUACCAACGCCGCCGCCUGUGAGCAGGGAUGGGACUUCUCCUCCUGUGAUGUCAACGGCUGCAAGUUUGGCUCCAUGAACAACUUCCAGGUACAACAACAACAACAACAAUGUAACAACAAUCCAACAACACAGUUACACAUUCAGUUCAACAACACAAAAAUGCAACACUCAUUACAACGCACAACAAAAUAACCACACAGCAACAAUACACACACACAGUACGGUGAAACUAAACAGACCCCUGUGUCUCCUCCUCCCCCAGGUGAUGACCAUGGUGUCAGGGUUCGGUCCUCUCAUCACAGCAGGAACCUUCUCUGCCACCCUCUCCUCCGCCCUCGCCUCCCUCGUCAGCGCACCCAAAGUCUUCCAGGUCAGUCACACUACUACUGUCUGUCACCUGUCUGGUCACUUGGUCCUCAUUCAUCAGCUCUGAGGGUUCCAGGUACUAUUACGAGGUCUAUGAUGAGUGAAAUAGAGCCCCACCUUGUAAUCCGUGAUUCUCUUUUUCAUGUUUCUUCUAGCCAGGUGACAACAAUUGUCAAACUAUGUUACAAUCAGGUAACUCCCAUUCCUCCCUCCUCCCCUCUUCCUCAUCCUCCUCCUCUUCAUCCACCCUUCUCUUCCUGCUCCUCCUCCCCUUCUCAUUCCCUCCCUCCCCUCUUCCUCUUCCUCCUCUCAGGCUCUGUGUAAAGACAACAUCUACGCGGCAUUGAAGUUCUUCGCCAAGGGACACGGCAAGAACAACGAGCCAAUCAGAGGCUACGUUCUCACCUUCAUCAUCGCUGUCGCCUUCAUAAUCAUCGGUGAGUAAAGUCACUACACACACUGGACACGCAAGACAUUUAAGAUAAACCACAGUCGCCACUGAGUUUAAUAUUGGAAAUGUCACAAACAAACAACAUCUCUGUUGUGUGUCUCUCUCUCCCUGUGUGUAGGCGAUCUGAAUGUCAUCGCUCCCAUCAUCUCAAACUUCUUUCUGGCAUCGUACGCCCUCAUUAACUUCUCCUGCUUCCACGCUUCAUAUGCUAAGUCCCCAGGUACACUCAGUCACUCAGUCACUCAGUCACUCAGUCACUCAGUCACUCACUCACUAAUUCCCUCACUCAUUCCCUCACUCACUCAUUCCCUCACUCACUCAUUCCCUCCCUCCCUCCCUCCCUCCCUCACUGUUGUCUCCUGUGAUAUCUCCCCUGUGUAGGCUGGAGGCCAGCAUACAGGUACUACAACAUGUGGCUGUCUCUGUUUGGAGCGGUGCUCUGCUGUGGUGUGAUGUUUGUCAUCAACUGGUGGGCUGCUCUCCUCACCUACGCAAUCGAGAUCUUCCUCUAUAUCUACGUCACCGUCAAGAAGCCAAGUGAGACACAGACAUUGAUUUGCAUCAAGCUGACAUUAGAAUACAUAUAGUAUGAACCAGUGUCCAUUAUGACAUGGGAUGGAGGCCUACAUACUGGAGAAGAAAAGCAGGGUGAUUUGAGAAUACCGGUGCUGGGCUAAAGUAAUACUGUGAUAAAGGAAUGAGUACAUAGGGAUGACAUAAGAUGUACAUAGCUCCUACAUAUGACAUACAUAGCAUCUCUAAGUGCAGUGUUAACAUCAGUGUGUUCUGUUGUCCUCAGACGUGAACUGGGGCUCGUCCACUCAGGCCGUGACGUUUGUCAGCGCGGUCAACAAUGCUCUGUCACUGACCGGAGUAGAGGACCACAUUAAGAACUUCAGGUGAGAGCCAACAGAGGCCACUAGUAUUUCACCUCUUACUAUAUUGAUGGAUGGCAUUGUUUACCGCGCUGACUAACUCUGUGUGAGGUUAGAGGUGAAAUUAAAAGAAGGGGACAGAGACAAUACUGUGAACACAAAACCAUAUUCUUAAACUGCUCUGCAUUCUAACGUGAAAGUGUAGAAUGUUAAGAAGACUAAUCAUAAUGGGAUUUAGCUAACUAACUGACUGCUAUCCCCCUUCCUCAGACCUCAGUGUAUAGUGCUGACAGGAGCACCUAAGAACAGACCAGCCCUCCUGGACCUGGCUCAUUGCUUCACUAAGAACUACGGACUCUGUCUCACAUGUGAAGUCUUUGUGGUAAGAGGACAGACAUUUUAUUUCAAAGUCACCAAGUUCUUCAUCCUUCACACACACAUAUGCACAUGCACCCACACACACACAGCACUAUGAUAUAAUAUAAUAUCCCCCUCCUAUCCCUCCCCAGGGCCCCAGAACAGAGACAUUGACAGAUGUGAACGCUGGAAUGGAGAAGAACCAGAUGUGGCUGAAUAAGAAGAAGAGGAAAGCCUUCUACGCUGCCGUGGCCUGUGACUCCUUCAGACAGGGAACUGAGAACCUCCUGCAGGUACAGCUCCACAUCUACUACCUGGACAUAUAAUCACCUCUAAUAGAUACACAUUUCAACGUAGAAUUGUCUCCGAUACACAUAUAUGGGGUACACAUGGGGUACGACUCUGUGGUAGCUAAUGACUACUGCAGGAACCUACACAUGGACUAGUCAUCUGUAAUAGAUAACACCUCCAUUAUGAUAGGAAGGUUUUCUAUUGUGCUUUUAUUAUUGCCUCUUACAUGAGUACAAUAAAUACAUUUAUGGAGAUAUCAGGCCUAAUGGUCAAAACAGUUUUCUAUAUAAUAUCACUAUUCAGCAGUUACCAUGUCAUGGUUCAAAGUGGUUCAAAGUUAAUUAGACUACAGGACAGGUUGGGUUGGUUGUCUAAAAUGUUGGGCUGAAAGUUACUCAAUUUCCACAUUUAUGCCACAACAGGCUAUGCUAGCUGAGAUGAGACUUAGUGCUAAAGCAUAAGAAACAAGAACAGUCUGGCAGCGAAGCGGCGUAGACUAGUCUUGACUAGUUUUACACCGUUUUAAUACAGCUUUCCUCCCUUCAGCCCAGCCAGAACUGGUAUGAUGUAUUAGUUAAUGAGGCAGGGAGAAGACAGAGUUAUGGUCCAGUUAUGGUUGUCUUUAUCACAUGGAACAGAGAUAAGACCGUGCAGCGUGGUCUGGGUGGUCCGGAGGAGCGCUAGCUUUAAAAGAGAAGCCAGAUUAAAGAGAGCUGUAGUCUAUCAGUGAUUAACACAAUGGUGAAUGAGAUCCUGCAGACAAAUACCUCUUCAGAGAUCAGGGAGGUUGAUCAGGCUGUAAAACUAAGCACUUUAUAGUAUUGUUUACUAGGCUAUUCUUAACUUCUGUGUUUUGGAAUGUUACUUUCAUUAUUAAAAGACUGUGAUUGCUGGAAAGUGGAAACACUUAAUUUUUGGGAAGAAGGUUUCACACCUUUCUGAGUAGGAUGCGGUCUUGGGGACAAAUACAUUACAUAUGUAAAAUACUUCCAAAUGUGACCUUGAUUUAAGUUGACCAGCAUGCAGGGUGGGUGGAGUUUGCAGUUUGGAGAUUAUUCCAUUGGUUUUAUUGUACCAGGCAGAAAAGCUAUAAGUAUUUUCCAUGUUUUUGACCCAGGUCUGCUUGAAUGCAAGUGUCUGCUAUAACCUGUUGUCCCUCUCUGUCCUAGGCUUCAGGUCUGGGUCGUCUGAAACCCAACAUUCUGAUGAUGGGCUUCAAGAAGGACUGGAGGACAGCAGACACAGCCGACGUACAGAGCUAUGUAGGAGUACUGCAGUAAGUCACACUCACACACUGAGUGGAACACCUGCUCUUUCCAUGACAUAGACUGACCAGGUGAAUCCAGGUGAAAGCUAUGAUCCCUUAUUGAUGUCACCUGUUAAAUCCACUUCAAUCAGUGUAGAUGAAGGGGAGGAGACAGGUUAAAGAAUUAUUUUUAAGCCUUGAAAGAAUUGAUACAUGGAUUGUGUAUGUGUGCCAUUCAGAGUGUGAAUGGGCAAGACAAAAUAUUUAAGUGCCUUUGAACAGGGUAUGGUAGUAGGUGCCAGGCGCACCGGUUUGUGUCAAGAACUGCAACGCUGCUGGGUUUUUAACGCUCAACAGUUUCCCAUGUGUAUCAAGAAUGGUCCACCACCCAAAGGACAUCCAGCCAACGUGCAAUUCAAUGUUUGGAAAGUGUUCCUAAUGUUUGGUAUACUCAGUGUACACACAAGUGCAGACACACUCACAAAAUAAGCCAAGAUUAGUGCUAACUGAGUGUUAUUAAAGUGUGUGUUCUGUGCCGGGUGUGUGUUUUUAGCGAUGCAUUUGACUUUGAGUACGGAACCGUGGUACUAAGGAUGAACCAGGGACUGGACAUCUCACAUAUCAUAAAGGCUCAAGGUGAGUACACACACACACACACCACUGUAUGAAACAGAAGCAGUCAGGAUACUCAUGGUUUGUUGUGUGGCUGGUUUCAUAUAACAACCCCAAUCAUACAAUGACUAUUGAUAACAUUGACAACAUUGAUAAAGUUGAUAAGGUGAGCUCUUUGGUUCAUAGAUCAGAGGCAGUAGAUGAAGGUUGUAUCUAAUCAGCUCCUAGCAAUAACAUCUACUGAAUAAGCUGUUAUCAACAGAGCCACUGCAGGGCUAUGGGCCCUGGUCAAAGGUAGUGCACUAUAUAGGGAAUAGGGUGCCAUUUGAGACACAACCCACUAAUCUAAUUGUCACUCCUGUUCUGGAGAGAUACAGAGUGUGCAGGCUUUAGUUCCAGCCUAGCACUAACACACCUUAUUCAACCACUCCAGGGCUUGGUGAUUAGUUGAUGGAUGUGUUAGUGCAGGGUUAGAACAAACAUGUGGACUGUGUGGUGGACCCCCAGGAGAGGGUUGGGAAACAGUGGGCUAAUGUGAGGGAGAUGGGUCAUAUUCACUAGGGACAAAACUGGAGAAAAUGGACUGAAACAAUGAGGGACUACCUAAACUUAAUUUAUCUUUUUCCAUUGCAAAACACUUUGCUAUGGCUACGGUGUGCACUAAUGAUUAGUACCCUGUUGUAACGUGUCUCUCUACCGCCCCACAGAGGAGAUGGAGAGAGAGGCCCAGGAGCAGAAGGAUCUGGAGAAAGAAGAGCUGGCUGAGGAGAAUAAGGGGAAAUCCAUCUUCAGGAAGUCACGGAAGUUAUCUACACAAGGCCUCACUUCGAGAGGUACCAGAUCACACACACACGCACACACACACACGCAGUGUUCUAAAAGCCCCAAAAUAGUUUUCUGCCAUCAGACCAAAGAGUUCAUUCAUCUAACAAAUGAAACCAACAUCUAUUUCAGGAAACUGUUUUGUUUUCUGCUCAGAGAGAACCAUCCUGUCACAAUCACAAUACAAUCUAAUCAGCUGUUCUCUUUAAAGGUGUAAUCCAAUAACACACUCACUGUCAUUGGCCUCUGGAACAAAGAGUACAGUUCUUCAGAUGUGGAACAUUUAGACCUACUGUUGUUACAGAAAUCACAACCUGACAGCCUCUCCAUCUCCCUGUCACACUGGGUUCUGUUUCUAACAGACAGACACACACAGACAGACAUAGUGAGAGUGAGAGUGAGAGUGAGAGUGAAAGAGAGAGAGAGCUGAGCGUACCUGGUUGUACAUUACUAUUCCUGUAUUAUUAAACACAUUGUUAAUGUUUUUCUCUUUUAUUUUCUCCCCCCCCCUCCCCCAGCAUCCGUGAAGACCCCGCAGUCUCCCCAAGCAGUGGUGGUGAAUGAAAGGCUGGUGUCCACCAGCACUCAGUUCCAGAGGAAACAGGGCAAAGGAACCAUCGACGUUUGGUGGAUGUUUGAUGACGGAGGUAGGGGACCUUUCUUUAUAGCAAGCAAGUUUAUUUAUAUAGCACAAUUCAUACAUCAAAGCAAUUCAAUGUGCUUUACAAAGAUGUUUAUCAAAAAUAAUGAAAACAUCAUAAUAAUAAAUUAAAAAUGGGAUAAAAACAUAGGAAGUGACACAUUAUAUACCACAGCAUGUCUAUAUCACUCUUCAUUAUAUACCACUCUCUCGCUGUCUGACUUUCUGUCUGUCUGUCUGUCUGUCUCUCUGUCUAACUUUUUGUCUGUCUGUCUCUCUCUCAAUUCAAUGUAUACUCUCUCCCUCCCCCCCCUCCCUCCCCCCCCUCCCUCCCUCCCUCCCUCCCUCCCUCCAUCCCUCCCUCCCACUCACUCUCAGGUCUAACCCUACUGCUGCCCUACAUUCUGACCACCCGUAAGAAGUUCAAGGACUGUAAGAUGAGGAUCUUCAUCGCUGGCCAGCAGGGACGCACCGAGCAGGACAAACACGAGUAUGUAUGAUCAAUUUCAAUCAUUUAUGAAUAGAGGGAGAUCUGUAAAUCAAAUCAAUUUUAUUUGUCACAUACACGUGUUUAGCAGAUGUUAUUGCGGGUGUAGAAAAUGCUUGUGCUUCUAGCUCCGACAGUGCAGUAAUAUCUAACAAGUAAUAUCUAACAAUUUCACAACCUAUACCCAAUACACACAAAUACAGUCUAAUCAUCAACAACCACCAGCCUGGUCCCAGAUCUGUUUGUACUCGUCACUACUCCAUUGCUGCCAUUGUUAUGCCAAACAUUUCAAUUUCAUAAGGAGUUGGCAAGAGAGCAGAAACAGACUGGCUGAACAAGCACAUCUUUGGAAAUAAGACAUGUUAUAUAGCAGUGCAUAUCAGUGGUGAUCAGUGUGUGACUAUGUGUGUCUGUGUUUAUAGGAUGAAGUCUCUGCUGGAGAAGUUCAGGAUCAAAUAUGCAGACAUCCACGUCAUCGAUGACAUCACCCAAAACCCCAACACUAGCAGGUAAUAUAUACACGCACACACACAGAGAGACAACCCUGGGGAGAUGUGAUUGCUCACACACACACACACACACACACACACUGUCGCUCACAUGCUGUGGCGGGAGAGAUUCCAGACAUUCCAUUCUGUAGCCGUGAGCUCACUCCCGGCUGACCAACCACACGUCAGGGAUGUGAUCAGCAGUCAGCCCAAAGCAACACCAGUCAGGAAAAGGAUAAAGGCUCUAUUAUAGUGAGACAGUUAAUGACAAUAUAAAAACAGACGCACAACUUUGUCUCAUUCAGUAUUUACACAAGAAAAUACAACUCACAUGAAUGAAUUUAUCAUGGCUAAUCAUCCCCAGCUUCAAACUGGUCCAUCUCUGGUGACAGAGUAGCCGGUUUAGUUCUGGGUGCCAAGAUUAAUGAUAACAUGCACAAGUAAGACAUAAUAUUCCUGAUAUCUGAAGUCAAAGUAUCAGUGAUUAAUACCUGAUUAAUCCUGCUAACUGCUGUCUGUGUUCGUCCCCCAGCUGGAAGAUGUUUGAGGACAUGAUCGAGCCGUUCCGUCUUCACGAGGGGUCAAAGAGCACCACUCUGGCCGAGGCUCUGAGGAAAGACAACCCCUGGAAGAUCUCUGACGCCGAGCUGGACACCUUCGAGGAAAAGGUGGAGUCUAGAGACAGACCAGUGACUGCUCACCACAGAGACUUGUAGAGACAGACCAGUGACUGCUCACCACAGAGACUUGUAGAGACAGACCACUGCUCAGUGCUCACCACAGAGACUAGUAGAGACAGACCACUGCUCAGUGCUCACCACAGAGACUAGUAGAGACAGACCACUGCUCAGUGCUCACCACAGAGACUAGUAGAGACAGACCACUGUUCAGUGCUCACCACAGAGACUUGUAGAUACAGACCACUGCUCAGUGCUCACCACAGAGACCAGGACCAAUAACUUCUACUGAUUAUCAACCACAUACUGUGCUCAUUGCAGUACAACAUGAAUGAACAUGCUCAAUCAGUGCUUGACUUAGGCAGGAGCUUACCGGAGCUGAGUACCAGCACCUCAAAUGUUCCACUUCUUUAACUUUUUUUCCACUUAUAGAAUAUUAGCUCAAAAGUAUUUUUGGAGCACCUGCACCUAAAUAUAAACAGUACCGGCACCCAAAAUGAGUACCAGAACCUAUUUCAGUCCAAGUCAAGCACUGUGCUCAACUUUAUCUUCUUGUAGUUCAAUUUAAUGUAUUCAUCUGGAUGAUAGAAUCCAACAGUCCCAUGAUGCAGUAGCAACAGAAGUAGACAGCUGUGUUUUCACUGUAGCCUUUAGUCGUUGGUUGUCAUACCAACCAUGUGACCCACCACCACUGUGUCCUCUCCCCUCCAGACCAACCUCCAGGUCAGGCUGAAUGAACUACUGCAGGAGAACUCCCGAGCUGCCAACCUCAUCAUAGUGUAAGUACAGUAUACUGUAGAGUUUUUCCUGGUCAAGUCACCAUGUGUUCAGGAAAAACUCUAGGCCCUAAUUAUAAGAGAUACCAACAAGAGCCUUAUCAUCAUCUAUCAAUCUCUCUGUAAAUUUUUUAUAAAUAUGAUAGUCCAAUGCCGUCAGAGAACUAUGAAGCUAACUGAGGUAUAUAACAAUAAUAAUAAUAAUAAUAAUAAUAAUUUGGUUGGUGCUUAUAUCUGUCCUGUUUCAACUGUGUAUUAGACGCAUGUGUGAAAUGCCUGUUAUUUGUUUUGCAUAUCCCUGAGACACCCACGGCCAUAUAGUGGUGACCCUGCUGCUAACAUCCAGCUGUUUAGACAACUUAGGUUUAAUACUGUAUUUCCCACUUUGCAGGAGUAUGCCUAUCGCCCGUCUAGGCUCAGUCUCUGACCACCUCUACAUGGCCUGGUUGGACAUCCUCACCAAGAACCUCCCUCCCACCAUAUUGAUCAGAGGCAACCACAAGAGCGUCCUCACCUUCUACUCA